AUGGCGGCGGACGGGAUGGUGCUCACCAACCACGACCAUCAGACCCGAGUGGGGAUUCUGACGGUUAGUGACAGCUGCUUCAAGAACCUGGCUGAGGACAGGAGUGGCGUCAACCUGAAGGAUCUAGUCCAUGAUCCCUCACUGCUGGGAGGAGUCAUAUCAGCCUAUAAGAUCGUCCCUGAUGAGAUUGAUGAAAUUAAGGAAACACUUCUGGACUGGUGUGAUGAUCAGGAGCUGAAUCUCAUCCUCACCACUGGAGGAACUGGCUUUGCACCAAGAGAUGUUACUCCAGAGGCCACCAGAGAGGUGAUAGAGAGGGAGGCUCCUGGUAUGGCUCUGGCCAUGCUAAUGGGAUCACUCAACGUUACACCACUAGGCAUGCUGUCCAGGCCAGUGUGUGGGAUACGUGGUAAGACUCUGAUCAUCAACCUGCCGGGGAGCAAGAAGGGCUCUCAGGAGUGUUUUCAGUUCAUCCUGCCCGCUCUGCCCCAUGCCAUCGACCUGCUGCGUGAGGCCACGGUCAGGGUUAAGUCCACACAUGCCGCUCUGGAGCAGCUGCCCUCCCCUUCUCCUCUGCUGACCAACACACACAGCAACAUGCACAGCAACACGCACACCAUGGAGCGUGGUACCCAGUGCGAAGAAGAGGAAGAUGAGGAGGAGGACCGAAGGAGAGGUCGACAUGCGCACAAUCACCACCAUCACCAGCACGGCUCCUCCCACAUCACCGCAGCCGCGAUCGCUGCCAAGACGAGUCAUGCCGUGGUCAUGGCUAAGGGGGGUCCCUACCUGCCCGGCACCACAUCCUCUCCUCCCUCUCAUUUCACCUGCUCCUGCACCCAUGAACAACAGAUCCCGGACUCGAUCAUUUCUCGAGGCGUUCAGGUGCUUCCUCGAGAUUCUGCCUCUUUAAGCUCCACCCCUUCUGAGUCACCACGGGCAACACAGGCGACCUCCCGCCUUUCCACCGCCUCAUGCCCGACACCCAAGGUUCAGUCACGAUGUGGCAGUAACGAGAAUAUUCUGAGAGCCAGCCACAGUGCGGUGGACAUCAGUAAAGUGGCACGUCGUCAUCGCAUGUCCCCGUUCCCAUUGACGUCAAUGGACAAAGCCUUCAUUACUGUUCUAGAGAUGACACCUAUCCUGGGAAUUGAAGUCAUUAACUACAGAGACGGUUUGGGCCGAGUGCUAGCUCAGGAAAUCUAUGCCAAAGACAACCUUCCUCCGUUCCCCGCCUCUGUUAAAGACGGCUACGCUGUUCGAGCUGCUGACGGCCCUGGAGACCGCUUCAUCAUGGGAGAGUCACAGGCUGGACAACAGCCCACCCACACAGUGAUGCCUGGUCAAGUGAUGAGGGUGACAACUGGAGCUCCAAUUCCAUGUGGAGCAGAUGCUGUGGUCCAAGUGGAAGAUACAGAGCUGCUGAGGGAAUCUGAGGAUGGCACAGAGGAGCUGGAGGUGAGGAUUAUGGUCCAGGCUCGACCCGGCCAAGACAUCAGGCCAAUAGGUCAUGACAUCCGAAGAGGGGAGUGUGUGUUGUCUAAAGGAACGCAUAUGGGCCCGUCAGAGAUCGGUCUUCUGGCUACAGUGGGGGUGACUGAGGUCAGCGUGCACAAGUUUCCUGUGGUGGCUGUCAUGUCCACUGGAAAUGAGCUGUUGAAUCCAGAGGAUGACCUUCAUCCAGGGAAGAUCAGAGACUCCAACCGCUCCACUCUGUUGGCCACCAUCCAGGAACAUGGAUACCCUACAAUCAACCUGGGCAUCGUUGGAGACAACCCUGAUGACCUGCUGUCAGCUCUCCAUGAGGGAAUCAGUCGUGCUGAUGUCAUCAUCACCUCAGGGGGGGUGUCCAUGGGAGAAAAGGACUACCUAAAGCAGGUGCUGGAUAUUGACCUUCAUGCUCAGAUCCACUUUGGACGAGUCUUUAUGAAGCCAGGUCUUCCUACUACCUUUGCCACAGUUGACAUUGAUGGAGCACGGAAACUCAUCUUUGCUCUGCCAGGUAACCCAGUGUCUGCAGUGGUGACAUGUAAUCUGUUUGUUAUUCCUGCUCUGAGAAAGAUGCAAGGCAUUCUGGACCCUAGACCUACAAUUAUUAAAGCUAGGCUUUCAUGUGAUGUUAAACUGGAUCCCAGACCUGAGUACCACCGCUGUAUUCUCACAUGGCAUCACCAGGAGCCACUGCCCUGGGCACAAAGCACAGGCAACCAGGUAUCUAGCAGGCUAAUGUCAAUGCGUAGCGCCAAUGGCCUGCUGAUGUUACCACCUAAAACAGAGCAGUAUGUGGAACUGCACAAGGGAGAGGUCGUGGACGUCAUGGUCAUCGGACGGCUAUGAUGCAGACUUUAAUGUCACUCGCUACCGAUUACCAUGGCAGUGCCAGGACUUCCUGUCUGGACAGGAAACGGGCGGGGGCAGGAAGUGAUGCAUGUCUACCUGGUCGCCAUUAGCUGUGAUGUCAUAUGCAACAGCCAAUCGGAGCCAGCGGAGGCUGAAUCCUCAUUGGUCUGCUCUGAGGAGAUCACUGUAUUUCAAUGGAGAAAAAUGUGAAAAAAAUAUAAAAUAUGAGAUUUAUUCUGUAAUAUUAUUAUUAUUAUCCUGAUGAUAAUGAUUAUUAUGAUUAUUAAUAUUCUUAAUUAAUAUUCUAUUUAUUAUUAUUAUCAUGGUUCUGAUUGAAUAUUAUCAUCUUAGUAGUAAUCAUGCCCUCUUCUCUCCUGUUCAUUUGCUUUGUGCGUUUCCCAUUUUCCCCUGGUAGAUAUAGAAAUAUAGAGACUCUUUUCCUCCAGUCCUCCUGUACUCUUUUCUCUCUGUCCCCUUCUUUCUCUUCUUUGUCUUUUUUUCUGCUCUUGCUUCCUGUAUCCAGAUAUAGAGACUCCUUGAUAACCCCUUCCUGCAGUAUCACUACAUCCCAGGACACAAUGAUCCCUAACAUCAGGCUUCAACCGAUAUAUCAACUGAAAGCUGAUAAAGACAUUUCUUUAUUGAAGCUGCUGAUAGUUUGUGCCAGUACAGUAAAUAUGACUUUUAUUGCCAAAAAAAAGUUUGUUAUGUCGAGAUAUAACAGCAUUCAUACUAUACUGAGACACUCAUGACUCUCUAUGAAGCCAUGAAACUCUUGGGUCAGCGGCUCAGCUUUAAGGCAGGGUGAGGUAGGAUUCAUCGCAGGUUUACAGACUUGAGUUAAAUCCUCAAUUGUCACAUUGAAAUAAUUUCUCUGGUCCAACAUCAAAUAUAAGCAUGAUGUUAUUAAUAAAACGCAUAAAAACCUGUCAGAGGUGGGCCAUUCUGACCAACCGAUGUACGGCAUCCUCCUAACCCUGCGUUCAAGUGGUGUUUGAUUUACAGGAGUUUAAAGUUUACACCUUAAAGUUCAGUCUGUGAUAAAUGCACCAUUGCGGUCCCUGUGUGACCUGUAUUUUUAAAAGGGGUCACCCUACUUAUUUUACACAAACGUACCAAGAAAUGAAGUACCAUUCAACCUGUGAAAACAGUUUUAUAUUGUCAUCUGUGGCUUUAUAAACUGAGAGUGUUUGUGGAAUUUGAAGGACUUGAGUGUUAACCAGGCAGAGGAAAUGUUAAAAGAGAUUAUAAUGAUUUGCACUAAUGUAGGAGCCAAUUUUUCUACAAAAUUGGGAUAAUUCAUCCUGCUUUGAUCUUGUCAUAUCUUUUUUUUUUUUGGUAUCUUGCAGCCACACAGUUACAUGGAAGUCUCAUUUCUGGAUUGCUCCCUAAAACCUCUAAAGGUACCCUGCUGAGCGUGAGCACUAGUAGUGUUAUAACGAGUAAUGUUUUCAUGAGUGGGUCCCUGUUUGGUUUAUGUCGUAUGCAUGUACAGUGUGCAUUCCUGCCACUAGUGUCACCCUGUUCCACUGACUGACAGCUGGUGGUGGUGUUGCAGCAGUAGAUGUAGCAAUGCUCCAUCAAAGGCAGAAAAGACUGCAAGCUCACACAUAUUGAUGUAAAUACUGCCAAGUUUAAAGUAUUUUUAAAAAUUGUAUUUACAGAAGUUUUGUGAGUAUGGAAAAAUAAUCACAUUGUUAGGCCUCAAGUAUACAUGAACUGUGUUUUGGUGUGAGACAUGGGGCCCUUUAAGUAGCUAAAACAUAACAUUUAGUGGCCUCCACUGUUUUUACAUCUCUUUCCGCCCAUAAACCAAGAGAAGAUGAAAAGCUGCUUCACUGAGUUCUUAGAUAUGAUAUCCCCAACUCAGAGAAAACUCCUGACAUCACUUGAAAGCAGGUGUCGCAUUCAGGUGCUUGUUAACUACACAACUGGUGAAUUUCUACCAUGACGCUGUUAAGGUGCUUGUAAAUGUCAAAAACUAAUACAGUUCAUGACUGUAAAUCAAACUUUAUCAUUUGACUGCUUUUUUCCUCAAUGUACUGUAUGUAGUCAGAGCCACACUGAAACAGCUGGUACAUUAAUGUGAUAGUCUGCUGUUCAAUAGAAAACUUUGAUAUUCAGCCCACCGUUAAAGUUUAAUUUACUCCUAGCAUAAAUAAAACACAGGUCAGUUGGCUGCACUAACCUGCAGAUUUAACACUGACGUUAAAUUGUUUACCAAUUAACAAGGACCAUACAAAUGCAUCAUAUGCAAUCUGUUAUACCCCAGCAUUCACUGAAUGCACCAUACCUUACCUCCUCUGGGUCCCCUGAUUCUUCCUGUCAGUGUCAGCAGUGCUAAACAAACCCAGAUGGUCAGAGGUUAAUGCUGCAUUCAAGUCAUAGUGAAACUGCUGUACAAAGUUCUGUCCAUUUUUUGUUUUGUUUUAAUUUUAGUGGUACUUAAUGCAACCAAGCUGACAUGAUUGAUAUUUUUUCAUCUAUGUCUGUCACAGCUGAUAUCAGAAGUUUGAGUAAUCUUUCUGGGUUUUCUGGGAUUUCUAGGUUCAUCUCUAACCCACCUCAUUACGCUUGUUAAUUAUGAGAGUUUUCAGAUUAGAAAGCUGGUGUGCUAUCUCUGUUCAUUGACAUGAAUGCAGCACUAGUCUGAAUUUCUGAGCUUUGACCCCUCUUCUGAUUGACUGAUGCAGUCUUCCUCUCCCCUUCCUUCCUCACCCUCCCUCUCGUCCUUUUUUCCUCCCCAGUUUCGUCACGCUUGCAUGCCCAUAAAUGGGGAGGGGGCGUGUCUUUCUCUUUGGGCAGGUUUAAUAUCCAGGUGCAAGACCGGAGUGCAGCACCUGGGCGGGACUUCUGAUCUGGCUAAUCAUUUAAUUUUAGGACAGUUUUCAAUGCAAUUAUCAGCGCAACAGAGGAAUUUUUAAACAUCCAGGUUCUGGUACCAACACUGUCUUCUCAUUUCUUCUUAUAGCUCAGAUGUCAGAAACUUCCCAGUUACCUCAAAUGCACCACAUAUCUAUAAGUGGCUCAUGCUGUGGUCAUGUCAUGUCAAGGGAAAGACCAGGGCAACAUCUCAUUGCAGCAGAAGUAUGGAAGUAGUUCUGUAUAUUUAUCUAGAAUGCCUACAUGCAAGUAAUUAAAAAAACAAAACAAACUGAAACACACUUAACCACACUUAUGUUUUCUCCACAUCUGGCAGCUUUUAUUAAUGAUAAAUCAAUUCUGACAUGAACGCAGCAUUAGAGCACAUCCUGGCACCUGCCCAAGGAGGACCAAUCAAACCCAGAUAGAUCCAUUUGAGUAAGAAGAAGCAGGUAAUUGAUAAACUGCCUUUGUAUCGAGUGAUUCGUAACACUGGACUGAACUCAGUGUCACACUGCACACACUAUAAACUAUGACCAGCACUUGUAAUGAAGCAAUGACACAGCAUUCUACUACUACUACUGUAUAAAUCUAAUGAAGAGGAUGUUUUUUUUCUGUAAUGAUAUUAUUGAAACUGAAGAUGAAUUAAUAAAAAUAAUCCUGAUUAUUCUGUA